GCGACGAAUCCUUUUUUGUUUGUUGUGUAAUUUUCGUUUAAUCGGUGGCGUUAAAUUACUGCUUUGCAACGUGCCUUCUCGUGUAAGCAAUAAACUAAAAGUAAAAAAAGACGGUUCACAAAAUCACAACCACCGUUCCGAAGAUUACGUUUCCAAUUAUUUUCUUAUCCCGAUAUGGGCCAGAAUUUGUAAGCACUCUAAUAGAUUCCAGUGGCCAACAAUCAAACACCAUAAAAAGAUCUCAACUCUGACAAAUUGCUAUCAAGAUUCCUAUACACUUGACCUUACCUAGCAAAACUCCAAACUUUCCCCAUAAAAGCCAUUUACCCCAAACCUGGAAAGAAACUCAACAUGACCGCAUGAUUUUUUUUUUCUUUUUCAGACCAUUCUAUAAACUAUCUGUCUCUCUUGAUCACUUCAAUUUUAUACAUUUUCUAUUGUCCAAUUUCAAAGAUUUUAUAAUAGUUUUUCUCAAGUUUUCAACCAAAGAAAAUGGCCUCUUAGAACAUAAUGACGGUGGGAGAAAGGUAUUAGGGUCAGAAACUAGGGCUUGAAAUCUCAAUCUCAAACCUCUGGAUUAAGUAUCUCCUUAGAAGGGUUUGAUUGGGAGCUGAUUCUGGGUUUCAGGUCUGAAAGUUCCUUUCUUUGUCUGUCUGAAUGAGAUUGAUCUUAUUGAGGAGCUUGAUGAUAUAUAUUGAUAGGGCCUUUUUCAGCUCAAGAUUGAUUUAAAGAUUCAACCUUUUUUUUGGAAUGGCUGGAGGGAGUGAAGAGGAUCCAUACACAAAACCUAUUGGGAGAUGGGCUGUGUUCUUCUAUGGUGUUGGACAUAUGCUUAAUGACAUCACUGCUUCUUGUUGGUUCACUUACCUCCUCCUUUUCCUGACCCAAAUCGGUCUCUCCCCGAGAGAUGCAGCCAUUGUUAUGCUCUCUGGCCAAGUUGCUGAUGGGUUUGCUACUAUCUUCACUGGUGAAUUGAUAGAUAGGUUUGGACAUUUCAAGAUUUGGCAUGCUGCAGGAUCAAUACUUGUUGCAGUAUCUUUCUCCUCUGUUUUUGGAGGCUGUCUGCCUUGUUCCCUCCUCCAUAACGACUCUCUAUCACUAGAAACUUUCUCCUACAGCAUGUUUGCAGCUAUCUUUAACAUAGGAUGGGCUGCUACUCAGGUUUCCCACAUGGCUAUGGUUAAUUGCAUCUCUUUGAACUCAACAAGCAGAGUAGCCUUAACAAGCUGCCGUAAUGCGUUUACUAUGGUUGCUAAUCUUAGCUUAUAUGCAAUUGCUUUAGUUGUCUUCGGUGUUAUCAAGGCUGGUUCAAAAGAAAACACUGAAACACAGUAUCGCUGGAUUGCAUAUUCAUCUAUCACAGUAGGGUGCUGUUUUGUGAUCAUCUUUCUUAUGGGAACAAAGGAGCCAAGGCUGAGGAUGGACUUGAAAGAAACUUGCCGCCGAGUGAGGAUACCGUGGGUCUAUUGGUUCAAGAAACUUCUCUACUAUCAAGUCGCUAUGGUUUACCUCCUCACUCGAUUAGUAUUGAAUGUUUCUCAGGCAUAUCUUGCAUUCUUCGUUAUAGAUGACUUGCAAAUGGAUCAGUCCGCUAAAGCUUUGGUUCCUGCAAUUAUCUAUAUAGGCAGCUUCGUGGUUUCGGUUCUGCUUCAGGAGAUACCGUGGAAUGGGAGACGGUUAAAGGCUUAUUACUCAGCUGGUGGUAUCAUUUGGAUGUUCUGUGGUGCAGCAAUUCUUCUAUUGCCUAGAGAUAUAAGUUCUUUCAUGUAUGCCAUAUCUGUCUUCAUAGGCAUCGCAAAUGCAUUGAUGAUGGUUACAGCAAUCAGUAUGCAGAGCGUGUUGGUUGGUGCGGAAGUAGGCGGAUGCGCAUUUGUGUGUGGUUCAUUGAGCUUUUUAGACAAAAUGUCUUGUGGUCUUGCUCUGUAUAUUCUUCAGUCACACCAAAGUACUUCACCAAGAAUCCAACUGAACAAGAACCAACAAAGUGUUUACCUUUCGGUUACAAGAUACGGUUUAGGCCUUGUUCCGGCUUUAUGCUCGCUUGUUGGUGUUGUUGUGACAUUCUUUAUGGAGCUUGAAGCUGCUGGGUCACUAUCCAAGCCCCUUCUUGAUGUGCCGUUAUUAGAAUGAGCUGUAUGAUUUUCAGGUCCACUAAUCUUUAUUGCUACAUAUGGGAGUCUCCAGGUUCUUUAGAUGAUGACUUUGUACAGUAAUGAUAGAUCACACUGUAACAGCAGUUUACCUGUAUCUAAAGAAAUUUGGAUCUAAAUCGGGUUUGAUUGAUUGUUUUUUUCUUCUUCUUUGUUUGUCUUGUUUUUGGUUUAAUUUGUGUGUAAAAGUGAAAAUAGUGUGUUGUUACAGUA